AUAGAAGAAAAUAAAUACUGUUCACUUUUAAAUUUUAUCGAUCCUUAAAAACUGGACACUCAAAGGUAACUGCUACUACAAAUGUUUUACUUGAAAUUGGGGUGAACGCUGUGAGUUCCGGUGAAGGGGAAAAAGAGACGUGGCGAAAUUGCUGUCUUUCUGUCUUAUAAGCACAUCUCUCACUAAUACAGAAAAGGAACCACGACAUCAGAAAGGCUGCGCAAACCAUGCAGGAUGAUUUACUGAUGGACAAAAGCAAAACCCAGCCCCAGUCUCAGCAACAGCAGCGGCAGCAGCAGCAGCAGCAGCAGCUCCAGCCCGAGCCCGGCGCAGCAGAAGCCCCGUCCACGCCCCUCUCCUCCGAGACCCCCAAGCCCGAGGACAGCAGCGCAGUGCCGGCUCUGAGCCCCACCUCGGCCCCGCCAGCCCCCAACGGCCCCGACAAGAUGCAGAUGGAGUCGCCGCUCCUGCCGGGCUUGAGUUUCCAUCAGCCCCCACAGCAGCCGCCGCCGCCCCAGGAGCCUGCGGCGCCCGGAGCGUCCCUGUCGCCGUCUUUCGGCAGCACCUGGUCCACGGGCACGACGAACGCGGUGGAGGACAGCUUCUUCCAGGGGAUCACCCCGGUCAACGGGACCAUGCUCUUCCAGAACUUCCCGCACCACGUCAACCCCGUGUUCGGAGGCACCUUCUCGCCGCAGAUCGGCCUGGCGCAGACCCAGCACCACCAGCAGCCGCCGCCGGCGCCGCAGCCCGCGCAGCCCCCGCAGGCGCAGCCCCCGCAGCAGCGCCGCUCGCCCGCCAGCCCCAGCCAGGCGCCCUACGCGCCCCGGAGCGCCGCCGCCGCCGCCUACGGCCACCAGCCCAUCAUGACCAGCAAGCCGUCCUCCUCGUCGGCCGUGGCCGCCGCCGCCGCCGCCGCCGCCGCCUCCUCGGCUUCGUCCAGCUGGAACACGCACCAGAGCGUGAACGCCGCGUGGAGCGCGCCGUCUAACCCGUGGGGAGGCCUGCAGGCGGGCCGGGACCCUCGCCGAGCCGUCGGUGUGGGCGUGGGCGUGGGCGUGGGGGUACCAUCCCCGCUUAACCCCAUCUCGCCGCUCAAAAAGCCCUUCUCCAGCAAUGUGAUCGCGCCGCCCAAGUUCCCUCGUGCGGCCCCGCUCACCUCCAAGUCCUGGAUGGAGGAUAACGCUUUCCGGACCGAUAAUGGUAACAAUCUGUUGCCAUUUCAGGACCGGAGUAGGCCCUAUGACACUUUUAACUUGCACUCGUUGGAGAAUUCCUUAAUGGAUAUGAUAAGGACUGAUCAUGAGCCUCUGAAAGGUAAACACUACCCUCCCAGUGGCCCACCAAUGAGUUUCGCUGAUAUAAUGUGGAGGAAUCAUUUUGCAGGCCGCAUGGGAAUAAAUUUUCAUCACCCAGGAACAGAUAACAUUAUGGCACUUAACACCAGGAGCUAUGGGCGGAGACGAGGUCGAUCUUCUCUCUUUCCCUUUGAAGACGCCUUCUUGGACGACAGCCAUGGCGAUCAGGCCUUGUCAUCUGGCUUAAGUUCUCCCACGCGCUGUCAGAAUGGGGAGCGAGUGGAACGCUACUCUAGGAAGGUGUUUGUUGGGGGCCUUCCUCCUGACAUUGAUGAAGAUGAGAUCACUGCCAGCUUUCGCAGGUUUGGACCUCUUGUGGUAGACUGGCCCCAUAAAGCAGAAAGCAAGUCGUAUUUUCCUCCUAAAGGCUAUGCCUUUCUGCUGUUCCAGGAGGAGAGUUCAGUGCAAGCUUUAAUAGAUGCCUGCCUAGAGGAAGAUGGGAAACUAUACCUGUGUGUGUCCAGCCCCACCAUUAAGGACAAACCGGUGCAAAUUCGACCAUGGAACCUAAGUGACAGUGACUUUGUAAUGGAUGGUUCUCAGCCUUUGGACCCCAGAAAAACUAUCUUUGUUGGGGGAGUUCCACGACCCCUUCGAGCUGUUGAACUGGCAAUGAUCAUGGACCGUUUGUAUGGUGGUGUUUGCUAUGCUGGCAUUGACACAGACCCAGAGCUGAAGUACCCCAAAGGUGCCGGCCGUGUGGCAUUCUCCAAUCAGCAGAGUUACAUUGCAGCAAUCAGUGCGCGUUUUGUGCAGCUUCAACACAAUGACAUUGAUAAACGGGUGGAAGUGAAGCCGUAUGUGCUGGAUGAUCAGAUGUGUGACGAAUGCCAGGGCACGCGCUGCGGUGGGAAGUUCGCCCCGUUCUUCUGUGCCAACGUCACCUGUCUGCAGUAUUACUGCGAAUACUGCUGGGCCAGCAUCCAUUCCCGAGCCGGCCGCGAGUUCCAUAAACCGCUGGUGAAGGAGGGAGGUGACCGCCCUCGCCACGUCCCGUUCCGCUGGAGCUGAGCCCGGGGCCGACCCAGCCAUAAGUACUGGAGUAGCUAACAAGGAGGGAAAAGAGAGGGCACUGCCUCAGGGCUCACGGUGUUCUGGAAAUCUGUGCAUUUGUUCUCGAUUUUUAAAGAAGAAAUGGGUCUUUUAUUAUUAUUAUUAUUAUUUACAGUCAUAUUACUGAACUCAGUGUCCAGUAGAAUGCAAAAUUGCAGAGUGUAUAACGGUACUGAUUUGCACUUUGAUUCACACCUUUGUCUGCUUGGUACCUUCAUUUCUUACACCCGACCUGUCACCUUGACAGUAUGGUAGACUGCCAUUCUCAUCAGCGGCCAUCAGGUUGAUGUGUGUGACUCUUGUUUGUUGCUGUGUUGUUGCUCUGAUUGUUUUGAAACUGGAGCAUGCACUUAUUUUCAGAAGCUUAGAGAGUUGCCCCCAGGACAAGGUUUACCAAAGGUGAUACUGGCGAGUAAGUGACAGAUGUAGCAGAAACUUCACCAUUCAGCGAUCAUGAGCUGGGGUCAUGUAGCGUAAGGAAAAUCCUGAAUGAAAUCAGCCUUUAGUUGCUCUGUAUUUUGACUUGUAAGGAUACCUCAUGAGGAUCUUCAUUUUUCCUUCAUGUUUGAUUUUUGUUUUGCUGAAGAUUUUGGUUAAUCUUUUAGUGUUAUGUAAAUUUAUGCUGCAAUAGCUUUUGCUGCUAUUAAAAUGGUAUUGUUAAUACCAUAAUACUCUAUUCAGGCUAAGGUAUCAAUUAAAAACAAAAACAAAAGCCCAACAACACUUUGUGAUUUAGGGAUAGAGCCAGCUGCUGAGAGGAGAUGAGAGCAGACUUGAGAAAGCUUCAACGGAAGGUCACUGCUUCUGACUGCAUGUUUACUUAAUCAGGUUGCUGCAUGCAAUAGAUCUUAUAUCCAAUGUCUAGUAUAAAACCUUCCCACAGUGCACAAAUUAAGAAUCUAUAUAAGCUAUAAAAUACUCAUUUUUUAAAAGAAGAUUUCUUUCAUUCAGAGAACUGGUAGCCAAUCGGAGGAAGGCAUGCCUCAGUGAGUGGAAUGCUUCUAGGGGGAGCCCAGAGCGGGACGACCUGCAUUACACCCAACACCAGACCUAGGUGUCGGGCGUUCUUGGAGCCAGUCUGUGGGUGGUAGAUGAGUACCCGCAGUGCUGUGAUGUGCUGUGCAGUUUACUUACGUAGUAAAGUGAUUAGGUCUAACUGUGAUCAAGCUUAACUCUUUAAAGCCUCUGUCAGACAUUAACGAACUUGACCAUUCGUAGCUGGUCAUAUUACUAAGUAACACAUGAGCUCGUAGUCGAGACCCUCUAGUGCUUGCUCCAUUUGACAUAGCUUCAGACCUUGUCCAGAAAACCAAAGAGCUCAUCUUAGCUUACAACACUAAGAAUAUAUACAGUAUCUAGACAUAAGUUAUCAGACUGACAAACUAGGCACAUCUUUGAGAAAGUCGUGUGAUGGUGACACUAAAGAAAUAUCUAUACAAAAGAAGGUGGCCUGGGCAGAGCUGGUGUCUGGGUGAGAGAUUAACUACUUAGUUCCUGGAUUUAUCCUGAAAAGCUUGAACAGAAUGAAACCCUGCUAGCACCACAUGGACUUUUUUAGCAUUCACUCCUGGGCUGCAGAUAGUAAUAUAUAAACACACACAGUGACUGCAAGACCAUGUAAAUCUUUUUAAAAAUCUUCUUCCUAUGUUUUGAAUUCUGGGGACAAUCUGACUGGAUAUGACACUGCAGAAUAGAUUUCAGUCGCUGUGUUUUCUGUGCUGUGAUGUCCUUGUACUGUCGAAGUUAGUAUAGCUUGUUCUUGGUCAUUUGUUUUUUUCUGUUUUGUUUUGUUUUGUUUUGUUUUCUCUCCAGCCUUUAGUUGCAAUCGCUGGCUCCCAGCGAGUUUGUUUUCAAAAAGGAAAAACAAAAUAGUUUUUUACUGGAUUAAAAAUGCCUAUCAGAAUCCUCCCCUUUUUGAGGUUUCCUCUGGGCUUUUGGUAAUUGCUUUUUUCCGGCCCAGGUGUGGUUUUGUUUGUUUUUCUUUUUUCUAUGUUUGUGGUUUUUUUUCAUCUGUACAAGAAAUUUUGUUAUGCACUACUACUUUUUGUAUUCUAGACCGUUUUCAAAAAGUUGGCUGAUGAUUUUCGUUUGUUUGUUUUUAAGGAAAAAGGCAUGCUUUCUGACUGACAUGAUCUUUUGCAAUACCUCAAUUUUGAAAUAUAGGAAAGAAAAUGAUAUUUUCUAAGUAAGUUUAUUCAGAAAAAUAUAUAUUAAUUUAAUUCUGCAAGAAAAUGAUUUAACAGAUGGGUAACUUUAUUUUUUUCAUGCUUAUUUGUGUUUUUUGAAAAUGAAGAAGUUAGAGCUUUAUAACUAUAAUAUUAAAGAUCAUAUCUAACCUACAGAAAUCUACCUAAUUAUGUGAAAGAAGCAAGCGUUUUGAAGAAGCACCCUCUUUCGUGUACUAAACUAACACUGAGGUUAAAACAAUAAAAGAAGCUGGAAGAUUGUACAGCAUAAAGCUAAAAUGAAGGCAAAAAGACUAGCUUAUAAAAAUCAACUCCAUUUGGUGCUGAAAGUUGUGAAUAGAUGGUGGAAACUACUUUCCCUUAAUUUGUAUAUUUAUAAUCAAGCGUUGAUUGUGCACGACUGACCAGGAUUGUGAAAGAGUUCUUCUGUUUGUAUUUUUUUAAAGAGAACUUUUUUAGUUUAUUAAAUUAUAACAUGUUCCCUUUUGUUUUGUAAAUAAAUGUGCCCCCGGGUUCUUAAUGUUAUAUUAAAAGAGAGGGUCCUUCAAAAGAAUUAUUUUUUAAAACACAGAGGUGUUCUGACCUGCAACUUAACUGGGAAGCCCCUGGGUGCCACAGGGCCUGUGGUGGCCUUUCCUGGAUGGGACACUUGAACUCGUGGAUGUUUUGAAGGCUGCGACCUAACCUCGACUAUUUGUUGUUCCGUGCAAUACUGUUUGUACUGUUUGUAUAAAAAAUAGAAAAAAAAGAAGAAAAAAGGCAUAAAUCUUUAUUGCAGAUUUAUUUUCAUUGCAAACUUUAGACAUUGUGAUUCACUGAAAUCAUUUUUCUACUGUCAAAUAUGUACCUUUUCUUCAUGCUGGUAUUUUUUCAAUAGUAAUGUAGCCUUUGUACUGAGACAAAUUUUCAUUGUUAUUUUUAGAAAGAUUUUUUGCUAAGAAAAAAAUUAAACAUAUUUACAUAUUUUUCAUUUUAUUUCGUAUUUUCUUUAAGGAGUGCUUUCUCAAUCAUUAAUAGAGUUGUUUCUGGGAGGGACUUUCAUAUCUGGUCAAUGUCAUAAUAUUAUUUUGUAUUUUUACUUGGAAUAAAUUAAUUUUAUGAUGCUAAUCCUUUAAAAGUUUAUUUUUUUCAUUUUCAGUUAUUUUUGAAGCUAAAACCUUUGUAAUAUUGUUACUAAAGUGUCUAGUUUUUUGAAAUGCAAAGCUUUAUGUAUUAACUUGCUGAUGUGGUUUACAAUAGUGUGACAAUGAUGAAAAUGGCUGGUUAUGUAAAGCGAUUGGAAACAUAACGGAUAAUUGGGUAAUAAAAUGACAGAAUGAGAGAACAUGUGAAAUCUUGACAAGCCUUUUCCUUUAUUGCAGUGCUUUAGUGUAAGACUAGGGAUGUCACAGUACAGGUCUCUAAGGAUGUCACAGUGGAUUUAUACAACACCAGGUGCAGCCAAAUCUGUGGCCCUGAUAAUGAAGUCACUCUCCUGAAAUACCACUGGGUUUGAAACCUAGCUAGGUCUACAGAAUGUUUCAGCGCUUUUCCCUUCAACUCCUCACAUGUCUUGUGAGUAUGUGUGGGCGUACGUAUGUGCGUGUGCAUGUGUGUGUGUAUGUGUGUCUGUCUGUCUCACCAGCUGCUGUCCAUGUGUGAGAUGGUGCCUUUCCCUCCCAAAUCUCUUACUUGCUUCUACCGUGGUGACAUCUGUGGGUCAAAGGAAGACACCACCUUGUAUGUAGCAUAGGCUUGAACUGCGGUGUCUCACUGGUACUUCCCUGCAAGGGCUGGCGGUGCGAGAAGCACACUCGCCUGUCACCACUUGUAGAUGCACACAGUUUGUGUUGGGCUGCAUCUUCCUCCACACCCUGCCUGCUCCCUGGUAUGGCACCCCGCGUUUGCCUUUUAUCAUGGCGACACAUUGGGCCACCCCUUGCAUGAUCUGUCUGCCCUCCUGUCGCUGCUUUCCCAGCCCCCACUUCCCUGGAAGUGUGCUGUUAAGGCAGCGCGUCGUUACAUUGGCACCUAAAAUCAACGCAGAAACAUCAUACAACUGCAAAACUGGUGUUGCGUAAACAGAACAUCCAAUGACUUGCUCUAGCUAGGUGGUGUGUUUCUGCGGUUGUUGGUGGCCUCUUCUGCCGUGGCUAUGGAGGUGGGCUUCAUCAACAACUGGGAGAAACGUGUGUCCAGAGUUGGCUCUCGGGUACGCUCUAUGUAUUCAGUUUUGUAAAUAACAUAUAGAUUAGAUCAAGUUGUGGUGUAAAAUUUUAACUCAAAUUGGGUACUAUUGGUUGGAAUUUUACAUUAACUACAAAUAAAUGAUUAGGAACAGAAGAAAAGAAAUUGGAAAAAUUCUUGUUUAGUGGUAUAAAGAUUAUGCUUAGAUUUCUGCCUAUAUCUUGUGUUUUAUAGCUUGUUAGUGAGGCAUGGGCUAAUGCAGAAUGUACUGCAUUUAUGCAAUUAGCAAACAACUGCUAGUUUUCAUUUUCUCUAUUAUAUUAGCAACAAAAUGGCAUUUAACUGGGUAAAGCUCCUAUCUAAAUAUUUGAGUAUUGUGACAUCUCUACUUGCAAGGUUUGAAUGAAAGAUUAGUCACAGAUUAGUGAAAAAAAGUAUCUUUUUGUUAAAACUGGCUUAUUUGUAUGGACUGUUUCUUUUUCACUAGUUUGUAUGGUAUGUCUGCUAACAUUUCUUUGUGGUUUUUUUUUUUCUUUUAUGAUAACCAAAUUUCUAUCUCAGCUGCAAUAGUGUUCCAUCCUACCAUGGAGUAUUUUAUAAUGAAUGCUGUUGACUUUAUACCCCAAAAUGGGCCAAGAAGGGGAAUCUGUGAUUCAGGGAUGUUACAUUUGUAUGAUGAGGAAGUUAAUUGCAACAAGUAGAAAACUUGGGUGCUAACACAGGAUAACUUCUCUUUUUCCUGGACAUAGUUCUGUUGGGGUAUAAAGUAUUAGGUAUUUGUAUUUUUGCUGUCAAAAUAAUGGACAUAACUUUUAGAGUGUUCACAGCUAAGAUCUCUGUAUUUGUUUUUCAACUAACGACUAAUUUUAAAUGUAUUGUACCUUUUAUUACCUGUUCUCUUAGAUUGUUUUUGCUAGUAACCCUUACUCAGCUUCUGCCUUCGGGGCUUGGACUCAUACUGCUUGUGUGGAACUACAGUACUGUGACUAAACAUGGAGCUCGAUGCAGCGAUUGCUUACAACUGCUUACACUUUGUAGUUUGGACUUUUUUUCUGUAACAACAACUUAUUAAAUCUAGUUGUAUGAA